AUGAGUGAUAACUUCCGUCAUAACAUUAUCAUGAAAGAAGGUGAUGAAAUGGCAACGCUGAUAUUUCACUGGGAAUGCAGGCGAAACUUUUGUAAUGAACCAAAUGGACACAUUUUUGAUGGAUGUGCUAACUUUAUGAGAAUGGGUGAAGAUGAUUUAGAAGCCUUUGUUUGUGGGCUAUGCGGUUGUCACCAAGAUUUUCACCGUCGUCAAACUGUUCAAGUUCAUCCUGAUAACGCCUUUGAAUAUCUCCGGCUGGCGGAACUCACCAAGAAUCCUAAUCCUCCGCCUCAUCAGAAUCCGCCGCCAUUCUAUGUUCAGAAUGGCAACUUCUUUCCAUACCCUAAUUUCCUCAGGGCUGUUUACGAGAAUCGAGAAGAUAUGGUAACUAAAAGGGAACAAAGGAGAACAACUUUGACAUUAUCUCAAAAAGAGAUGAUGAAAGGUUAUGCUGAUAAGCUUCAUUGGAGGCUUCUAGGUCAUGAUGAGAAUAAACUUUAUGAGUUUUGUCAUGAGAUUGGUGUGACACCACAGGUUUUCAAGACAUGGUUGAGGAAUAACAAGAACAGGCUUUUUAGCGGAGUUAACGCCGCCUCGGGUUCCACCAGCUGUGCUGGUCCGUCAUCAUAUUAUCGCGGAGGCGGAGAUGGAAAUGGAGGCGGCGAUGGGAAUGGUGGAAGUAACGGUGGGAUGGUUAGUGGACGUGGCUGA